UUUAUCCAUCGUUUUCGCAUUUUUACACGCAGAAUUUACCGUAAUCCCGUGAAGAUUUUCUCCUCUUCUUUGUAAUUUCGGUCACGGGUUACUCCCAUAAAAGAAAAAAAUAUAUUGGCGAGGUGUUAUACUGUCUGAAAUAAGUAACUGCGACCUGUUUCCGGUAUAGAGCCUUCUACCAUAUGUACUCGAAAAGUAGGUUUCUAUCGGGAGAAUUUAUCGAAAAUUUUGAUAUUUCUAUGCUCCUCCGGUUUUAAAUUCCCGUUUUUCUUUCUAUACAAGAAGAGAAUUGUGUUCUUCCUUUGUAUUUAAAAAAAAAAAGAAGACGGGUUUUUUUCUUUCGCUUGUGUUUUUAACUUGUUAGAAGAUACCUUACUCAAUUAAAAUUUGGAAGUGUAUUCAAUUAAGUAGAUAAGGACUUUUUAAUGCUUUCUGUGAUUAAAAAUAGGUAUGAUAAUAAUCUCCGCAUCUAUAUUAAUCGGAUAGAAUCGAGCCUAGUGUAUAGAAAACUAUACAUUGGGGUGUUACGCUUGUGGCAGUGAGUGGGCACUUUUUGUUUCAAGUUCAGAAGCGUUAUGAUAUUACACUCCUACUUACUGCAUACGUCACAAGUAGUUUCCUAUAUUCCUAUUUAGGAUGUAUGUGUCUCCCUUCUUUCGUCUGGAGAUCGCCGUAGAUGCAGUAUGCCAGCUCACGUGUUUUCUCUUGUGUGGCUGCCUGGCACUCGGCCUCCGAAGGUCGUUGUCAUCCCCCGGGGCUCUAAGUACUUGUGACCCAACGGAAAGGGUUACCGACCCUCUCCGAGGUCGCAUCGGAUAGAAACAGAGGGUUGAUGCCCUUUAUUUCGAUACCUUUCGGGAAAUCUAAAAUUCAUUGGAAACAACGUCGCAGAAAAACAUCUAGACGUCAUUUAGACUUUGUUGCGUCAUACGUUGGCAUUUUACAGAGGGAGAUGACGUCAAUGCGUGCGUCAAGUCUGAUAAAUUACGUAAAAACAAAUUUUCGUUUUAAACUUUCUAUUAAAAGUUUUGUCUGGAGAUACGAGAAAUCCAGUUGAAAAAUUAUGAAAGUAGGAAAACAAAAACAAGAAAAGAUCCCAUGUCUCAUAGAAUCAUAGAGAAGAGGAGGCGAGACAGAAUGAAUAACUGUUUGGCCGAUCUGAGUCGUCUCAUUCCUACAGCCUACCUGAAAAAGGGUAGAGGUAGAAUUGAGAAAACUGAAAUCAUAGAAAUGGCCAUAAAACAUCUGAAACAUUUGCAAGCGCAUUCAUGCAAAGAUCCGAAUAAUUGUGAAGUCGCUAAUGCUGCUGAACAAGAUCGGAAACAUCAAUAUCGCUUGGGUUUCCAAGAAUGUAUGUCUGAGACUGUGAGGUUCUUGGUUGAAAUUGAAGGAGUAUACGCUGGAGAUGGACUUUGUGUAAGAUUAGUGAAUCAUCUACAGAAACACUUCGACAAAAUCGUUGGAGGAAUGGGUUUUAAUCAGCAUUCGGACUUUAGUAUUACUUUGGCUGAAGAAUCAAGGGAUACUUCAAUGGAUAUCUCUAAUUCGCCUUCUCGUGCUCCCACACUAGAUUCGUAUCCGCCUACGCCUGCACCUAUUUUGACUCCCGUAUUAGAAAGUUCCGUUUGUCAUCACGAGUCUAGUGAUGGUGAACCGCCAAAAAUGGUACAAGAAUGUGGGCGAAAUGACAGUCCUCCGACAAUAAGGCCAUCGUCUGAAGGUGGCAGUCAACUUAGAGAAAUGCUUCAAAAUCCAGGCUUACCUAAAGACUUAGUGCGUAGUAGUACGUCUUACACAAUUCAGGACCACAAAUCCGACGAAGUUUAUAAAUUUAAAAAUAACAUUAAACAUCGUUUUAAUGCCGAUUUAAGGCAUCACACUCUAGAUGACGACAAAUCGCAUUCGGAUUCAUAUUCUCCACAAUCCAAACAGCAAUCUUUAUCUCAAAGAAACUUAAUUAGAUCAACCUAUCCCGCGCACUCCACUUCUGUUUCUACUACUUCAGAACUAACAGUUAAAAUUCCUGAAAGGAUAGAAGGUUUGCAAAAUUCUCAUUGGGAAAACCAAGCUGACUGCGGAAGCAGCAGUUGUGGUUCUAACCCGAGUCCUCCAUCUAUAGCAAGAUCAAAUGGCAGUUCUUCGGGAUAUAGUACAGGGGGUGAUAUCUCGUAUGCCCCGAGACUGCGUUCUCAGUUACAAGGUCGUCAUUCGCCCACUUAUUUGCAGACUUCUCCCGAGAAUGUGUCAACUAGAUCGCCUAGUCCAUCGACUCAAAUAAGGAAUGGAGUACCCAUUUUUGCUCUCCAUCCUAAAGGAACCUAUUACAUUCCUUUGACUAUAGAUGCAUCGUUAGUGUCUGCCGCUUUCAUUGGCUACGAGGACAUUAUACCCGUUUUACAUCCAGUCAGCAUUUCUGUGAACUUUUGUCGUCAGUUGAAAGUGAAGAUAAACGGAAUGCAACCCACUUGGGAGUACAGGCCGUUUGUACAGGACAAAUACAAUGUCUAUACGGAUAGCAAAACGAAUGUAUCUUUCGGUUGUGGCGACACCAACCACAAUUGAGAACAUUUACAGAUUUGAGAAAAUAUAAUACAGAAAAAUCGGCACAUUUUCACAUCCCAUUCACUGCUUUCAUAUUCCCAGAGUCAAUGGAGUUUGAUGAACUUUCGUACAAAUGUACUAUCCCAUCCUUCAUGCCACUUUGGCGUUGUUUUUUUUAAAUCAAAACUUCCAGUGCCGCGGUUCCGGAUAUAGAAGAUCGUAUUACGGAUUGUGGUUUGAUUGACAAUCGGAGAAUUAUUGUACAUAGUAAUGUCAAUCAGACUAUAUUGUUACAUAUACUUCUGUGAAUAACUAUUGUAAUCUUACGCUAAAAGCAAAAAUUGUCGCUAAUAAAAUGCCUUGUAUCUAUUUUA